GAAAGUAGCUGAGUUCUCUUUCUCUCAUUCGCGUUUCAGGCAGCAGCAGCUACAGCAAAGUGAUCAUGUGUGACGUUGUGGACAGAUUGCGGAGAGACACAGUUAAGAUCCGCGUGGUCACUUCUGGUCAAACCUUUGGCGCUCAUGACGAGCUGCUGAACCAGCUGGAGAGGAAGUUAAAGCUGCUUCAGACGGACCGGGACAGAAGCAGCAUCACCAUGCUCUUCUGUCCAAUCACCUCUCGAGUCGGGUCUGACGUGGAAGCAGCCAUGAGCUCGCUGUCAGGAGAUCAACCCGUGAUUCUGGUCCUGAUGCACCACACCAGAGAUCCCAGCUACUCCACGGCCGGGACGGACUGGGCGGACGUCUAUCCCAACGUCGUCUCCAGCGUUCAUGUUCUCUUCCAUGAGAGCGUGCCGGGAUUACUGGCAUGUUCCCAAAACAACAUGGCGGCGGACCAGAUGCUGAGAGUGUUGAGUUCUUACAGCAGUAGUUGCUGGAGAGAAAGUUCUUCAUGGGAUGUGAGGAGGGUUGUAUUAAUCUCCUUAGGAAACUUGAUCAGGUAUCAUGAGAUUUUUAUGAGCGUUGGUUGUCUUUUCCUUCAGAUCAGUUUGCGCAGACACACAUCACGUUUUUAUCUAUGUGCUGUACCAGUGCUACGUUUCAUUUACCGUGGAAGCUGUAAAUGACAUCACACUUGAGUUAACGUGGUUGGAGAAGUCGAUAUUGCAACAUGGCAACGCCCAAGUUUUACAGCCAAGUAAGGUUAGGUAAUAGUCUUAAACAGAAAACAUUAAACAUUAGACUAUGACACCCUUAAUAUAAAUUAGCAUAAAAUCUACCUGGUAACAUGUGCAGGUGUCUGACUGAUUUCUGUACAAUGUCUUUAUAAUGACCUGGAGGAAUGAAAGUACACAAAAAUGUUACUUUUAUUUGCAUUUGCACCCGAGAUUGAUCGCAUUACUGCGGAAAAGGGGCGCGCUAAAGGCAGCUUCGUAAACUGCUGCACAGCUCACUUUGAUAGGAGCUUAGAAAAGUGUCAGUAAAACGGUAAAUACCUUCACCAGCUGUGGAUGGUUUCAAAAGCAGGAAGUGGUAGAAGGCCGUGACUCCUAGGAUUAUUUGAGGUCCACUUAUAACUGUUGUAAUUAAGUAAUUUUCCAGGCUUGACAUUUGCUUUUUAAAAUUGUUUCUUAUGUUUUUCGGCAUGUGAAAUUUUUUUAGUUAGUAUUUAUUUUGAGACUGUUUGUCAAACAGAUGAACUUGGCAUCACCUGUGAGACCAAAUACAUAAUUACAAUAUUACAUCUCUAUGAAUAAUCUUUGGAUUUGUGGGAGGCUAAACUAAUGAAAGAACAGAUUGUCGCAUAUUUUGUUGUUACUCAGUUUCUUUUAUUUUCUGUUCAUAUUCUUGCAAGACUGAAUAAAGAUUUAUUCAAGUGAAAAUCACCAAUCUAUGUUUGGUAACUAAGAGUGACAGUUAUUUAGGAGACGAUACCUUUAUUCCUUUUUAUUGAAUUUUCUUCAUUUUUGACGGGUUUGAUCUGCGACUGGAUGGAUCAAUAACAGACCCUGCUGCGCUAAACUGCUUCUGCGUUACAGUCUUUUGAAACUUCAGCCCCAGCUCAGCCAAUUAAAGGACCCCCUGUGGUGCUGAGUUCUUAAUUAUUAAAUGUCUGUCUUCAAACAAUCACCUGCUCAAUUUUAAAUGUUAAUGUUAAAAUCAAAUAUAUGUAGAGAGAAAGCUGGAACUGAACUACAACGCAUUUUAUUGGAAUGAUUUGCAAAGUGGAAGGAAAUGAUGACCGCUUUUUUAAAAUUUUUAUUACAAGUGUUUUGUGAGUUUGUAAUCAGCCCCUUUUACACUGAGAAACCUAAAUAAAAUUAACUGCAACCAGAAGCUUAUAAUUUAUAGGAAUGCGCCGAUUCACUGUUGUCACUCCAGAUAAGGAUAUCUCUGGUUUCAUAUCGACCGAUACUGAGCCAAAACAGAAAAGCAGCAAUUAAUCGACUUCAAAAGUUUAUUUUUUAUAAACACAAAUCUAAAUGUACUGAACUACAAAUGUAUUCAUAACUCUGUACCAGUGCUAACAUAAAUAGUUUCACAAGCCUGGUCAAACAUGGAAACACACCUUUCAUUGGUUCUGGCCUUAUGAAUGGGGCACGUUUCCAUGGAUACCCAUGUUAUUUUAAAUAUCAGAACCCAUAGAAAUAUUAA